AAGGCUUGCAAUUAUUAAAGAGGAAAUGUUAAACAAAUAAUUGAGGCACGCUCAUUGGCUCCAGUAGUCCCUAGCUUUAUCUAGUUUCGACACUAUAUGCUUAGUAGAAGAGAGGCCAGAGCACACUCAUCCAACAAUUUCAUAUUCGAUCAUCUCUUCUUUUUCUCUUACAAAUAUAAUCAAGUUCUAACACGAAAAAUGGCUGAGGCACUCAUCUCUGUGCUUCUGGAGCAAUUGGUUUCAGCAGUAUAUCAACACACAAAUGAAGCGGUGAAACUGGUUUUGAAUGCUGACAAAGAUGUUAAAAGUUUCAGCAGCAAGCUCAAAGCUAUCCAGGCUGUACUUGAGGAUGCCGAGAAGAAACAAGUGACAGAGGCCAGCGUGGGCGACUGGUUGCAGAAGCUCAAAGAUGUGUCGUACGAGAUGGACGACGUGCUAGAUGAGUGGAACAUUGAACUUCUCAGACAACAAGCGGAGGAGAAGCAAGAGGUGGAAGGAGAUAAUGCUCUUGUUACCAAGAAGAAGGUACGUUUCCCCAUGUCCUCCGGUUGCUUUUGUUUUGGUCAAGUCAAUAAGGUCAUUCAUCAUCAUAACAUAGCUAGAAGGAUAAAGGAACUGAAUGAGAAGUUAACUUUGAUUGCUGCUGAAAGAGAAAUGUAUGGCUUUCAUCAAUCCACAAUAGGUGACCAUCAUGAGCGGUUUAUUCAACGACAGACUUCAUCUUUGGUCGAUGUAUCUGCGAUAUUUGGCCGAGAAGAAGAAAAAGAGUAUUUGUUGAGCAAGUUGUUGAGAGAGAGUAAUCAAGAUGGGGGGAGGUUCCUUGUCAUCCCUAUUGUAGGGAUGGGAGGGAUGGGGAAAACUACUCUUGCCCAACUGGCCUAUAACAAUGAAAAGGUUACAGCCCAUUUCAACAAGAAAGUAUGGGUUUGUGUCUCAGACCCUUUUGAUGAGGUUAAGAUUGCGAAAGCGAUCAUUGAAAAUCUAGAUAGAACCCAAAGCGGUUCAAAUGAGUUGGAAAUUUUAUUGCAAUCUAUCAAGAGACGUGUGGAGGAUGAGAAGUUUCUUCUUGUACUAGAUGAUGUGUGGACGGAAGACCAUAAAAAGUGGGAAAAUUUGAAACUACCAAUUAUAAUGCAAAGUUGUGCUAAGGGCAGUACAAUACUGGUGACCACGCGAAAAGAAGGGGUUGCUAAAAUGAUGAGAGCAACCAAAAGCACAAUCCAUUUGGACAAGUUGAGCGAUAAGGAUUGUCUCGCAUUGUUCAAUAGCUUUGCAUUUUUGGAUAAGGAAGAAGAUGAGGCUAACGGGUUUGGAGCUAUUGGUGAGGAAAUUGUGAAAAAGUGUAAAGGUUUGCCUCUUGCUGCAAAGACUUUGGGCAGUGUAGUGUUGCAUAAGAAAACAAGAGAGGAAUGGCAGAAUGUUCUGAAUAGUAAGAUAUGGGAAUUAGAAGAAGUUGAGGAACAAGUUUUCCGACCACUAUUACUUAGUUAUUAUGAUUUGGCCCCUGCAGUCAAAAGAUGUCUUCUGUAUUGUGCAAUAUUUCCCAAAGAUUAUGACUUCAAAAAAGAUAAUUUGAUUGAACUUUGGAUGUCACAAGAUUAUCUUAAUUCAAAGGGAAAAAAAGAAAAAAGAAGAAUAGGUCAAUAUUAUUUUGAGAGUCUAGCAAUGCGGUCUUUCUUUCAAGAUUUUGAAAAAGAUGAGAUGGGAAAUAUUAUAGAGUGCAAAAUGCAUGAUAUUGUGCAUGAUUUUGUGCUGUUUCUUAGUAAAAAUGAAUGCAUUAUUAUAGAAGCGAUUGAGGGUAUUAAUCAAAGAAUAGAGCUAUCGAGUGAUAAGAUUCGUCAUUUGACCUUAAUAAGUGUACCCGAAGGUCCACUUCCUACUUUGUGUUACGGGUGUAAAAAUAUGCGUAGCCUUAUACUCCUUCAUUCAAGCAUUACAACCAUAAGCCGCGGUUCAAUUAUACAAAUGAAAUGCCUUAGGACAUUGAAUUUGAGCGGUAACAAGAUAUCCGGUAGCAUGCUCAAUGAAGUUCCAAAAGAGAUUGGUGAAUUGAUUCAUUUGAGAUAUAUGGAUUUGUCUCAUAAUUGGAAUUUGAAAGAAUUACCGGAUGCUAUGUGUGAAUUAUACAAUCUACAAACUCUGGUCCUUGUGUACACGUGUCUUUGGAAACUACCAAAGGCAAUGGGAAAGUUGAUUAACUUGAAGCAUCUAUAUGUUGGGGGUUGUGGUAACCUAAGGUACUUACCGAAAGGGAUUGGGAGUUUGAAAAGUCUGCAAGUACUAGACUGGUUUAAAGUGUGUGAGGGUGAUGAUGAAGCAUUGAAAUUAGGAAAUCUCGGAGUCAUGGACCAGCUUCAGGGGAGCCUUGACAUACGAGGGUUGGGGAAAGAUGAUGCGAGUGAGAUUGAGAAAGCACUGUUGGGGAAUAAGGAGCACCUCUCUCAUUUGGGAGUAGGUUUCCAGUUUGCACUUGGAGAGCAGAGAAAAGGUGAUUCAGAAAUAGUGAAAGCAUUGCAACCACAUCAAAAUUUGGAAUCUUUAACCAUUCGGUGUUGCCAUGGCACCACCGAGUCUCUCUAUUGGAUCAAGUCUCUACACAAUUUGAGAAAACUUUAUCUCAGUUAUUGGGAAUUUUGUGAAGUUUUGCCUCCUCUUGGAAAAUUGCCAUCGCUUGAAAUUCUGGAUAUAUGGGAGAUGAAGAAAGUGAAAAAAGUGAGAGUUGAAUUUCUGGGAAUAGAAGAAGAAGAAGAAGAAGAAGAAGUCUCAGGAAUUCUAUUCCCCAAAUUGAAAAAACUCACUUUUUUUGGAAUGAAGAACUGGGAAGAGUGGGCCCUUCUUUCUGAAAUCACAAUAAUGCCACGCCUUUCUGAGUUGCGAAUUAAGUGGUGCCCAAAGCUAAAAGCACUGCCAAAGUUCCUCUACAAGAUACCAGAACUGCGUACUUUGGAGAUUAAGGGUUGUCCAAUUCUGGAAGGAGAAUACGAAAAAGGCGUGGGGAAGGAGUGGCACAACAUUUCUCACAUCCCAAACCUCACAAUCCAAUCUGGAUGGAAGCGAACUUAUGUUGUGUUCUAAGUGAAUUUUUUAUUCUUCUCCCAAAUUCAUUCUGAAAUGUUGCCCAAAUUCAUUUUCUUUUCACCAAUAGAGGAAUUCAGCAUUUGGAUUGACGUUGAUGAGGUGGCAGCAAUACGAUGACCAUUCGAGUACUAAAACUCGAGCAGAGGGAACUCUCCUAUCACCACUCGUACACGCUCCGUCUCAGUUUUAAUUCAACAAAUUUACACGAGGAUGAAGGAGGCAUUGCAUUUUGUAAUGUCCAUGCAAUUCUGGAGAAUGGGCCUGCUACUAUGGACUCUCAGUCUUCUCAUCUCUUACUGGAACCUCCUUUUCGCCUCGAUUACUCCUCCUUCCCGAUCAUCACCUCGCUCACGCCUUCUUUGUGGUUCUUGUUGGACGCUCAUCUCACUUGUUAGAAAAGGUACCAAAUCUCCUCGGCUUUCAAAUUUCCGACUCACAAAUGCACUCUUCAAUAUCCGACUCCUAAUUAACAAUGCUGGAAUAUUUGCUACAUCGUCUACAUUCACCGCCGAAGGCUAUGAUCAUGUUCCUACUGCUCUUCUCUUAUGAGCUUCAUCACCAACUUGGCUUGAUGGACAUAUCUCGUCAUGUCUCCGUAAUUACUGUGGAUCCUGGUGUUGUUGAAAGCAACAUCAUGCGAGAAGUUCCUCCAUGCCUAUGCAGUUUGGCUUUCAAAGUUUUGAGACGUCUGUGCCUCUUGCAGUCACCUGAAGUUGGAAUUAGCUCCAUUCUUGACUCCGCACUUGCUCCACCGGAAACAUCUGGAGUUUACUUUUUUUGGUGGAAAGGGCCAGACUGUCAGCUCUUCUAUGCUUUCCUAUGAUGCUAAACUUGCAAAGGAACUUUGGAAUACAUCGUCUGAUCUAUUCUUAAAGUCACAGCUUGCUUUCAGGGAAACCUCUACUUCUGUAUCACAUUGGGCAUCAUAGAGGAAUCAGCAUCCUGUAUCACAGGCUGUGGAAUCAUGCCCUCAGUGCUGUUCUAAUCCACCAGUUAUCAACACAAGCUGUGGUUCAGACUGCUUAAAAAUUUGGAGGCCUUAAUGUCUAUGUCACAGGGUCUCCUAAUUCCAAGUGUGCUAUUCUUCUUAUUUCUGAUGUUUUUGGUACUUGCCUAGAUCUUCAAAAUUUCUUCUCUUUGGCUCAAAUUUUUAUAUAGCUAUUUUCUGUUUUAUGUUUCAGUGAUGUUUUAGGAAGGAAGUAGAAUGUAAGUCCUUGUAUUUGUAUAUUGAUGGAGAGAAGAGGAGAAUAAAAUAUUAUAUCAUGAUGAACUUAUAAUAUACCUAUUUGACUUGCCCUGCAGGAUAUCGAGCUCCCAACUUGAGGUAUUAAGCUGUAUCUACAUGGAUUCUGCUAUAACUUGAGCUGUACUUCAUGUUUUUGAGAGAACUUGAUGUCUCAGACUCUCAGUACAUUGUGACAAGUACAGGGGUUGUUAUAGAAUUAUGUUCUGUUGUAGGCAUGAAAAUGAAUACUCUGAUCCGGGAUCCGAACUUAUUAGAACUAGGGGAUGCAGAAAUCAGUAUUAAUUACAAUAUCUGUAGUUAUUUUGGAUUUCAAUUAUUGAAGCAUGAUAAAGUGGAAGUGGCAUUUACAUGUAGCUUGUCCUGGAAAUUUAUGGUGUUAAUUUUUUAACAAAAUUACAUAACUUACAAACAAGCUCCUUCCUCUUAGCAAAUAACUCAUCUUUAAGGUACAAAACCUCCAGACUUCAGUUUUUUUCCGUUGGAAAAACUGAACUAUGAAAAGGAGAUAUUAAGUGCAACUGUGCAUGGAAGAAAUCUUGUGCAAAUUCAUGGACGAUGAAAUUAUAUCAGUUAAGGAAACUUCUAAUUGCGGUGCACUGCCCUUCUAGUGUUUAUGAUUGAAGCACUAGUUUGUAAUGUUGAAAUCUAGUCAUCUUUGUGUUGAAGUUUGAUUACUGUUCCUGAGAACUAAUGCAUUUCCACUUCAAGGAAUCUUGCAGAAAAAGUUGUAACUUCUGGAUUGAGUGUUGUAGUUCCAGACUUCUUCUAUGUAGAUCCAUUUCUGUAUGACAACAGGCCUCUGGCAAUCUGGUAAAAAGAUCAUGGAAUGGAUAAGGGAUUUGAAGAUGCAAAAUUAGUGAUUGACGCUCUGAUAGGCAAAGGUUUUUUCUGCAAUUGGAGCCAAGGUUGUGACUGAACUUGCUAAGUCUGAGUCCAUUCAAGCUGCUGUGCUGUCACAUCCUUCAUUUAUUUCUGUGGAUGAUAUUGAGGGUAUGGGUUCCACUUCGUGAAUGUUUUGAAGGCGGUAUUAUAGUUGCAUCAUGUCACGUCUGCACUUCAGGGGUUAAAUCUCGGGUUGCCGUACUAGGACCUGAGAUUCACAGCUACUCUCCACCAGAACUCGUGAAAUAAUUUGAGGAGACAUUAAAUGCUAAAAAUCAGGUCAAGCUAUGUGAAGAUAUUUCCAAAAGUUGCACAUGAUUGGGCUAUGAGGUACGACGUUGAUGAUGAAGCAGCUGCAAAGAGUGCCGAGGAAGCUCAUAAUGACAUGUUGCAGUGGUUUGCUUAGCAUGUAAAGAACGUGGAGAUAUUUCCGACAGUUGCACAUGUUUGGGCUCUAAGGUUCACUGUUGAUAAUGGGGCAGCUGUAAAUAGUGCAGAGAAGAACAGUACAUAUGACCCAUCAGACAAAAGCUUUCUAUCUUUCGGUAAAGAGUGCUGCUUUUCAAAUCCCGUGGUUCUAGUUUCUUCAUGCUUGCAAUUAUUAAAAAGGAAUAUUCAUAAUGCUCUGUUGAACAAAAUUGGCAAUCCUUGAAGUGCACAUUGUGAGACCUAUUUAGCUUAAAAAAACAUGAUUCCUUGCAUAUAUGUAUUUCAAAUCCAUCUCAAACUCAUUGUAUUUAGUUAGUUAUUUUCAGUUGUUAAAGUUACGUUGUUU